AUGGAGAAGGAAGAACGGUUGGGACUGCUCUUUGCGCAGGAUGAGGCCCUUCUCAAGAUAGAUACUGGCCGACGUCCUGUGUCUGACUCGCCCGACCGGCCCACGGCACCUGAGACAGACUACUCCAAGCAUACAGGAGAGGAAACCAAACCCUCGGUUCCCACUAGCCAGGAGGCAGCUCAGAUCAUUCAAGAGCCCCCCCUAGAGGGCCAUCAUUCCUCACCAGGAUUGCCUUCUUCACUUCAAGAAGAGAAGCCUAAUCUUGAAACCCUGCCUAUUAGACCCUCUAACGGUCAAUUCAGUCCCCUGCUGGCCAUCGCCAGGUAUCCUUACAAGAAUAUCAAAGGGGACCUGAGCAAACAGGUGUCCAACCGCUUCUUUGACGCAGGUAAAUUCUGGAACCGUCCAUGGGACAUAUAUUACAUCCACGCGCCUCCUUCCCUCGGAUCUAAAUGCGUACUGCUCACUCCCACUAGUGAAGUCAAUAAUUUCUUCCAGGAGAUCAACCGUGAAAUGAAGUGCGGAUUGUCUCUUUCAACCGACGUGUCAGCCGGGUUCAUCCUGACCUUCAAAGAUGAAUACCCCCAGCCUAUCUAUGCUGGUCACAGUACUUCACGUGAGACCAAGGACCGUCUUGAGGGGCGGAUUUCUGCGCCAACGGAGCACAGCUACUCCGCCGAGGGAGAUAUGAACGAGGAAUAUGCCGCGUUUGAAACAAUGAUGGAGCAUGCCAUUGACGCUAUCCGAAACAAGAAGAAAAGCUCUAAGCAGAAACAGAUGAUGCGUGCGAUGCACGAGUACAACACGCAGAAUAUGAUUCGCCGAAUGCAGCGCUACUUCGGCCUGCAUCCAGUGGAAGACGCCGAUGAGGAAGCAGAGAUGCUCAUCUGGGAUUCGCCAGGCGCGGUCCCCACGGUACAGACGCUAGAUGUCACCAAGGCGGCACCACACCCGUUUUGGAGAGAGCCUGUAUUCAUCAGCAUCGACAUAGAGUCGAAUGAGCGUUGUCAUGCGCAGAUAACAGAGGUUGGAGUGUCGACGCUGGACAUGCUGAGUCUGGUGGGGAUCCCGCCGGAUGAGAAGGGCAAGGAGUGGCGGUCCCGCAUUCAAUCCCGGCAUCUACGUGUAAAGGAAUACGGCCAUAUUGUGAACCAUGACUUUGUGGCGGGUUGUCCCGCUAUGUUCCAGUUUGGAGAGAGUGAGUGGGUGUUGCAACGGGAUUUGGGGGAUGUGGUGCGAUCAUUCCUACGGUUGGGCGAUGCAAUGAGUCGUCGUCUCGUGCUAGUGGGGCACAGCCUAUCCCAGGAUGUCAAGUAUCUCAAACAAAUUGGGGUGGACGUGGAAGGAUUUCGCGACCGAGUGGACACGGCGGAGGUGUUCCGGAUGCUUCGAGGGGAGACGUCGGUGCGGUCCUUGGGAGGCGUGCUGGCGGAGCUGGACAUGAUGGGCUGGUACUUGCAUAAUGCGGGGAAUGAUGCACGGUAUACGAUGGAGGUCCUUGUCGCUAGUCUGCUUGGGGUGAAGAAGGAGUAG